AACCAACGUUCUGAUUGGUGCAUAAUCCAGUUUGUACGUUUUUGAGGUUAUGUGUUUUUAGAGGUUAAUUUUUAUUAUUUUUCAAAACAUGGAAUCUCAAAAAGUCACCUUCUGUAACGAAAUCUCCUUAAUGAUGUUCGGUUUCGGCGACAGCCACAAGCCCAACCCCGAAACCGUGCGUCUGGUCGAAAGUAUCGUGCUGAAGCAGCUGCGAACCAUUGUCCAAGAAGCCCUCAAAUACUCCGACAACAAAAACCUCAAAGGCAAAGAACUGGUGUUUUUGAUGCGGCACGACAAGCACAAAAUGCGGCGCUUCGUCCAGUACUUGAAAAAUAAACAACUUAAAGCGAGUUUGCAGUCGAUGAAUUCGAGCGUUAUUGAAGUGGACAAAGACCCUAAGCCUAAAGGCGAGCUCAUGAAGUUUAUAGAGUACAUCGACGAGACGGGCGAAUUUACGGAUUUUUCGGAAGUUGAUGAGGUGAAGCAGUCGCGCUUGUUGCGAGCUGAUAGAAUUUCGCAGGCGCUGGACGAAAAAAGGUAUCUUGAGUUUUGUAAAGCGAGGGCUGUGUCGUUUUGUAGUAGGGAUAUAACGAGUCGGAACUCGGAGAAGUUGAGGCAGUGGAUUGAUCCAAGGAAGGAGGUUAAUUUUCAUUCGAAUGCUAUGGUGGUGUUGGCGUAUUUGGCGUAUCAGACGGUGGCGGAGAUUACUGAUUAUGCGCUGCUGGUGAGAAUGGAGGGUAAAUGUGGGGCGGAUCCGUUGAAUCACUUGUAUGGGUCUUAUUAUACGUCAACUAUGUUUAAUGGGGAUUACAGGAUUGGGGCUAGUGGUACAACAAAUUUGGACUACAGUAGGGUGUAUAGUGGACAACCUCCUAUUAGUGUGAGUGAAAUCAAAGAAGUGAUGCGAAGGGUUCAUUCUCCACAAGCUGGGAAAUUAACGUUUGGAGGGAAACUUCCAGAGACUCAUUUUUUAUUUGCUCUGUAAUUUUUGUUGAUGAUUAAGGGAUUUUUUUUGUUAC